AUGAAAUUCGCCAAAGAGUUGGAGCAGGAACUGGUUCCUGAGUGGCGGGCGAAGUACCUCGACUACAAGACGGGCAAGAAGAAGGUCAAGGCCAUCACGCGGGCCAUCCAGAAGGUGAACCGAAGUCCUAAUCCUCCAUCCUUUCGACGUACUCCGUCCACCUACGGUACGGUGCAACCAUCCUCCGAAACACCAACCGCGGAUAAACCAUCCGAUGGGACGGUACUGGAUGGUGGCACGUCAGAUGCCAGUCGUCGGGGCUCCAGUCCCCAUCCCACACCACGCUCCGUGUCCACGCCCAGGCAGGAGCGACAACCCUUGCGCACCCCGCGAUCGCGAUUUUCGGAAACAGUAGGGAGCUAUGGCAGCAUUCUGGCGACGCCCCCGGAACCCCAGGGAAAGGCGGGAUCAGAUGGGGCGUCUUUCGAGCUGCCAGAUCCCAUAAUGGACCCCGACGAGUAUUCACCACCGGGUCAGGAUGCGCAGCAGGACUCAGGUCACCACAAAGAAGUUAGGACACCGUCUCCUGUCUUGACCAGGCGUGCCACGUUUGGAACAUCUACAGCCCAGCCAGGGGAAAACAGCCCUGCGGAUCAAAGAAGAUCGUUGGCUACCCUUCCCACAUCGCAGAGCCUCAGUCUUCAAGGGGAACCUUUGACCAAAACCAAUUCAACGAAGCGUACGUCGCAGCUUCUCCGUCGGGUAUUUUCUCACACAGAAGGCGAGGCAGCCGGAAAGAAGUCGAUGGUGGAUUCCGCCCUUGACCCUGACAGGCGUCAGGAUGAGUUCUUUGCUUUCUUGGAUAGCGAGUUGACCAAGAUAGACUCAUUCUAUCUCAUGAAGGAGCAGGAGGCGAUUAGCAGGCUCAAGGCUCUUCGGCAGCAGCUACACGUUAUGCGAGACCAGCGAAUUCAGGAGGUGUAUGCAACCAAGCGGGCUGUGAAGUUAAUGAAAGAUGAUCAAGAUCAUCGGCCAAACGGGCUCGGGAAGCUCAACACCUCCCGAAUCAAGGAUACUCUGACAGGAAAGACGCGGUUUGGGAAGAAUACUCAGGCGCUGGCAGCGAUGGCUACCCCGAGGCUUCCUGAGCGAGAGAGUGAGUUUAUUGCCAGCCGACGAGACUUUAUGCGUCGACAAGACCCCCAAAAUAUUGACGUGUCAUAUCGAUCUGCAAAACGCAAACUUAAGCAUGCCUUGCAGGAGUUUUAUCGCGGGGUCGAACUCCUGAAGGGGUAUGCUUAUCUCAACCGGAAGGCAUUUCGCAAGAUUAACAAAAAAUAUGACAAAGCUGUCAACGCCCGACCCUUGUUGCGUUAUAUGACUGAACGAGUCAAUAAAGCGUCCUUCAUGCAGAGUGAAGAGACCGAGAGCCUGAUAGUGGCGGUUGAAGAUUUAUAUGCCCGAUACUUUGAACGUGGGAAUCGUAAAAUUGCCGUGUCUAAACUUCGUCAUACCAUCAACAGAUCAGGCGACUAUUCCCCCAGCACUUUUCGGGCGGGUCUCCUCCUGAUGGCGGGCUUGCUCUUUGCCAUACAGGCGCUCGUGUAUGCGUCACAUCAUCUGCACGCUGUUGAUCCAGUGGAACGAGUUCGCACUAGUUAUCUAUUGCAGAUUUACGGAGGGUAUUUCCUCAUUGUCUUUCAUGUUUUGCUUUUUGCUUUGGAUUGUAUGAUCUGGACUAAGUCUAAGAUCAACUAUGCAUUUGUUUUCGAAUAUGAUACCCGGCACACGCUGGAGUGGCGCCAAUUCCUAGAAAUCCCUGCCCUCUUCAUGUUCGCUCUCGGACUUUUCAUGUGGCUCAACUUUUCAUGGAUCAAUUCCAUGUAUAUAUACUGGCCUGUCGUGCUCAUAGUUCUGACCCUCAUUGUCAUCUUCUUGCCAGCCCGUGUGCUGUAUCACCGCAGCCGAAAAUGGUGGGCGUUUUCAAAUUGGCGUCUUUUACUUGCUGGGCUUUACCCUGUUGAAUUCAGAGAUUUUUUCCUUGGUGACAUGUAUUGUUCCCAGAGCUAUGCCAUGGGGAACAUCGAACUAUUCUUCUGUCUUUAUGCCAAUGCUUGGAGCGACCCAACACAAUGCAACUCCAGCCACUCCAGGCUGCUUGGAUUUUUCACCUGUCUCCCCGCAGUAUGGCGAUCCUUUCAGUGUAUUCGUCGAUACGUCGAUACGAAAAAUGCUUUCCCCCAUCUCUUGAAUCUGGGGAAGUACAUUUUUAGUAUCCUGUAUUAUGCCACCUUGAGCAUGUAUCGCAUCGAUCGUCACACUCGGUUCCAGGCGUCGUUCAUUACGUUCGCACUUCUGAACUCUGUCUAUACAUCAGUCUGGGACUUGAUAAUGGACUGGAGCUUGGGAAAUGCUUACGCUAAGCAUCCUUUGUUGCGUGAAACGCUCGCCUUUCGAAGAGUCUGGGUAUACUACGCCGCAAUGGUCUUAGAUGUCAUCAUUCGGUUUAACUGGAUUUUCUACGCCAUAUUCGUCCAUGAUAUUCAGCAUUCAGCUGUUCUCAGCUUUGUUGUCUCAGUCUCGGAAGUCUUUCGUCGAGGUGUAUGGACUAUAUUUCGAGUGGAGAACGAGCACUGCACCAACGUGCUCUUGUUCCGUGCAUCCCGAGAUACGCCUCUUCCAUACGAAAUCCCUGCAACACCAGCGCUCGAUGGUGCUAAUGCCGACGAUGUUCAACUUCAAGAGCAGCAGCAAAGUACGCCUUUCAUGUCGGCAGGAGAUGCUGAACAUGGAACACCUUCUAUCUCCAGCCAACGUGCGCGAAACCGACGUCCCUCGGCCAGCAUUGCUCGCGUUGGAAACAAGGUUGCGGGUGCCCAUUCUCACGACUUCGAGAGAAGACGUCUUCCAUCGUACCUAUCCAGCACCGGUGCACAUCAUAGGCUACGCAACGCGGAAGACGACUCUGACGAUGAUGAUGAAGAAGAAACAUUGACAACCGAUGAAGACUCGGGCUCGACUAUUGAAGGUAGCCCCGACCACGAUGACGCACAAGUGACUGGUGACCAGCGAUCCCAAAUGGACCGGAUUGCUGAGUAG